AUGCCAUCAGCAAAUGGUGUCCGUUGUAUUGGUUACGCAAGACGAAGGAUGGGACGAGGUGGAAGGAUUAUAUUCGAUCGGGUUCUGCUUUCUGCACCAUCAACGUCACACUCUGCUCCAGAUCCACCGUUCUCUUCAGUUAUUGAUACUACAAAGAGUUAUCAGUGCAAGUUGCUGGCUGUCGACAGCAGUAAGGAUGAUAAUGAUUCAUCGAAUUCUGAUGAGAAUCGCAGGAAUUGGAACGAUGAAGAUGAACGAGAGUACAGGAGACAAGAAGAGCUUUAUGCGAAGCGGAUUUUUGAUAUGUCUGAUACUGGUUCCACGCAAAAACUUCAAAGCGGUAUGAGUGGAGAUGGGACAUCAUCGCGGGGUACCGGUGAACAGGUAGUGGUGCUUGGUGAAGAUAACAAUGGGUCAGCUUCGGGUAUUGGGCAAAAUAUCAUGUCAGUAAAUGGUGUUCGCGAAACAGAUCGCUUACGAGUUGUCAAUUUGCAACAAAACGGACCACCGAUGAAUGUCAAUGCAAGAUCGGUUGGUGAUUGCGGCCUGCAGCCCGUUUUGUUGACUGCAUCUGUUGCUGGGAAAGUAGAGAAAGUGGCACCAUUACCGAAUGCACCGUCUGUAAAUUAUCAGCAAAAACGGGUACAUGAUCAUUCCUUACGCAUUCCAUCACAAAUGUCGUUGUCAUCCGAAACCAGCGAAUCAUCCCCGGUUUUUUACACGCAUCUCCCGCCACCGCCGCCUCCAGCAACGAGGUUGCUGGCGGCGGGAGAGCAGACGAUCCAUCGUCCUCGAACAUUUGAAUUUGUCAACAGUUCUGGUAUUUUGAAUCAGGCUCAAACAUUGAUCGUCACAACGACUCAAUCACCAAGGCAGGAUCACUUGGAACGACAAAUUUUAGCUAUACCGUCCCAAGAAGUCAUCAUUGGUGGGCAAAAUAUUAGACCACGAGCGGGUGGGAGACGACGGUCGUUUGCUUCUUCAGGCGUUGCACAGUUGUCUAUUCCUCGGCCAGAAAUGAAUCUGCAGCGCUUAAAUACCAGUGGUCUUCAUACAGAUAUCGUAGCGCAAGCUACGCACUGCGUUGAUACUAAACGACUUGAACUUGCCAUAAAAGGUUCUGGAGCCCGCAUUAAGCCUUCCCCGAUGAUUGCGCAUUCCCUUUUACAAUCCUGUCCACCAGAAACAAAGACGCUUCGAGAUCUUUUGUUGGGAACUGGAUUAUCAAGUACGAAAACAGCGUUAAACAAUACGGCUGUUGUGCCGGCAGUUACCAGAACAUUCACUGCUCCGCAAUAUGUACCUGUUAUUGGCGAUGCUCAUCGUUACUUACCAUUCACCAAUACAACCACUUCUUAUUAUGUGCCGGUAACAGAUGUUUCAUCUACGGGCAGCGAAACUAUGUCACCUCCGCAUGCCAUAUCUUCUGCAGUACAGAAUCAGUCAGCGCGGAAUUAUUUCGGUGUCACUGAGCCGAAAAUCCAAACACCUAUUGCAGUAGUGAGCAAUCGACCGUCUCUGAAUGGAACUCAGGUUGAUACAAGACGUAGCGGCGGUGCAAUAAGCAAAACAAAUGGUGGCAAUCGUGAGUGCGAAACCUUCAUCGGCUCUCCGCAAGUGGGAAUUGAAUUACAACAGCACCAGGCAAAAUGCCGUGUUGGUAGUGGUUCAUCACCUCUAAAUGCGAUGUUAUCUACCGAAAAACCCGCCGAGGAAAAUGCUAUUAAUCGAAGCGGAGGGAAUUCAGCAUCUGCCGUUGCAACGACACCAACAGCUGUUACGGAAAAAUACCCAGAACAAACUGGAGCUGCAGAAAAUAAUUUGAGCAACAAAGUUACGAAUAAUCAUCGUGAUAUUGCUGCAUGUCAUGGGAUGGUCAAUUAUGUUAUUAACUGA